ACAGCACCAGGACCAGGACCAGGACCAGGACCAGGACCAGGACCAGGACCAGGACCAGGACCAGGACCAGGACCACAGACCGGAUCAGAGAUGGACGCCGGUCCGGCGGUGCCGCUGUGACUCAGCGAUGGACGCAGAUUUUCUUCUUCCUGCCGGACCUGCUGGACUCCACGAUGGUCGUCAUGGCGACGCUGGACGGGAGCACGCCGGUUGAGACGCUGCUGACCGUCAUCCACCUGGAGAGGUACCUGGACACCUUCCGCCGCGCCGGCCUCCUAUUGGCCGGAGACUUGGCCCCCCUGGACCACGAGGCCCUGGUGAGCCUGGGGGUCACGGCUACCGGGCACCGCAAGAGGAUCCUGCACCUGGCCAGGAGAGCCAAUCAGAGGGCAGCAGAGGCCCAGAGAGCCAAUCAGAGGGCAGCAGAGGCUCAGAGAGCCAAUCAGAGGGCAGCAGAGACCCAGAGAGCCAAUCAGAGGGCAGCAGAGGCCCAGAGAGCCAAUCAGAGGCCGGAGCUCCGGCAGCGCUGCCAGUCGGUGACGGCGGCCAUGUUGCCCCCGAAGCCGGUCCCCAAACCCCGGACCGUGUUCAACCGGCGCCGGACGGCCCCGGUCCGGUUCUGCCCCCCCCAGGACCAGGACCUGGACCAGGACACGGACCCCGGGUCCCCCCGCCGCCGGUCCCAGGAGUCCAUCUGCUUCAGCAUGCUGCCCUUCCUGGUCUCAAGACCCCCCCAGGACCGGGGCCAGGACCGGGACCAGGACCGGGAGGGGGCCCCCGUGCCGCCCGUGCCACCCCGCCUGACCCGGGGGGCCCCCAAGUCCCCCACGUCCCCCUCGGAGCCGGAACCCGGACCCGGGGGUCUGGAGAUGGUCUCCAACGAGCUCUACUGGGGGGCCGCCCCCAGAACCGCGGCCCCCCCUGGGGGCCCCCGGGGGCCCUGCAGCCAGAACCAGGGGCCCCCCACCCCCCCCAGGCUGGGUCUGGACCAGAACCGGGAGAGGAACAGCGGCGGCACCUUGAGCAACAACUCCUCCGGAUCCGCCAGAGCCUCCACCGACGACCCGGACGAGGAGAUCAGUCCGUACUGCGAGACGGUUUUCCAGAACCGACGACCCGCGGGCUUCACUGAGAGUGGGCGGAGCCGAGCGGACGGACAGGAGACCCGGACGGAGGAGGCCCGGAACACCGAGGAUUAUGGGGGUCCUCGUCUGUCCCGAGACUCUCAGGGCUACAGCACAGUGGGGGACCUGACCCCGCCCCCCCGGGACCUGGCCCCGCCCCUCCGCCACCUGACCCCGCCCACCUUCGGCUCGGAGGAGGACCUGACCAUCUCGCCCUACGCCAGCUACGCUAGCUCCGCCUCCCUGACAGAGAGAGCUCCGCCCAUCAUCAGUGGUUGGCUGGACAAGCUGUCGCCGCAGGGGAACUACGUUUUCCAGAAACGCUUUGUGAAGUUUGACGGGAAGAACCUGAUGUACUUCGGCAGUGAGAAGGACGUCUACCCCAAAGGCGUGAUCCCAUUGGCCGCCGUCCAGAUGUCCCGUCCCGCCAAGGACAACAAGUUUGAGAUUGUGACGAGUCACCGGAUCUUCGUGUUCCGGACCGACAACGAAGUGCUCCGGCGGCGCUGGGUGUCCACGCUGCAGGAACACGUCCGGGACCAGCUGGUCUUCGGGCGGCGGCGCUUUGGCCCCGGAUCUCACUGCCAGAAACACGGAGUUCUGGAACUGAAGGGAACCAAGAACAAGGUUUACGCCGCCAUCAACACGGACCAGAUCUGGCUGUACAAGAGCCAGCAGUGUUUCCGUAACGGAAUCGGCAUCACGGUGAUCGAAGCUCGAGGAUCAACGAUCCGAGACGGGAAGAACCGGAACUUUGAGCUCAUCACGCCGUACAAGACCUUCAGCUUCACGGCGGAGUCGGAGCGGGACAAGCGCGACUGGGCCGAGUCCCUGCAGGAAUCCAUCGCUGAGACGCUGUCGGACUACGAGGUGGCAGAGAAGAUCUGGUCCAACCGGAGCAACCGCACCUGCUCCGACUGCCGCGCCCUCAACCCGGACUGGGCCUCCAUCAACCUGGGGGUCGUCAUCUGCAAGAACUGUGCAGGUCAGCAUCGAGGUUUGGGGACGAUGGUCUCCAAAGUCCAGAGUCUGAAGCUGGACACGAGUGUGUGGAGCAACGAGAUCGUCCAGCUCUUCAUCAUGCUAGGGAACGACCGAGCUAACGACUUCUGGGCGGCGCGUCUCUCCUCGUCCGAGGAGCUCGACUGCGACGCGACGCCGGAGCAGAGACGGGACUUCAUUACCCAGAAGUACCGGGAGGGAAGAUACCGCCUCCCCCACCCGGGCUUCAGCAGCCAGGAGGAGCUCCUGAAGGCGCUUUGCUCGGCCGUCUCUGAGCAGACUCUCCUGAAGACGGUAACUCAGAUCUUCCUGGAGGCGGAGACAGCUAACCUGGCUAACCUGGCUAACGACGCCGACGGCUGCCAUCGUCACGACGACGCUACGCUACGCUGCACGCCGUCAGAUCCCGGCGUCUACGAUGAGAUCAUGCAGUCCGUCCUGCACUCCGGGUUCCUGUUCAAGUCCAGCUCCGUGAACCGAGGAACGCUGUCCUGGAAGACCCGGGAAGACUUCCAGAAGUUCUGGUGCUCCUUGGACCGGUCCCUGCUGCUGUACGAGUCGGACCGAGCCGCCGAGCCCUGCAUGACCAUCAGCAUGAAGGACGUGGUGUGUUUGGGAGUCAGCAGGCCCGCCGCGGCGGCUAACAACGGAUUCAUCGACAGGUUCCGCUACACCUUCGAGGUUUAUUUGACCUCCGAGAAACUUCACCUGUUCGGUUUGGAGACGGCCGACUCUCUGCACAGCUGGACCAAAGCCAUCGGGAAGGCCGCCACGCCGCUGAGCUGCCACUGCCUGCUGAGCCGGGAGUUUGACCGGGUCGGGCUGCUCCGGUACCGGGCCAUGCUGGACCCGCAGCGCUGGAGAGACGCCUACUUCGUCCUGCAGAAGUCCAACCUGUUCGUGUGUCCCAGAACCGACGGGGCGGCCGAGGACAUCGUCAACCUGACCCGUCUGCAGGAGCUCAGCAUCACCUCGGAGGUGGAGAACAACGAGAAGAAGGAGAUCCUGGUCCUGGUGGAGAGGGGAAGGACCCUCCACCUGCAGGGCGUGGGCCGGACCGACUUCUCCCUCUGGUACCGGGACAUCCAGCGGGCGGCGGGCGGCGGCGGGGACGCCCUGAGGCAGCAGCAGAUGAGCCGCAACGACAUCCCCAUCAUCGUGGACAGCUGCAUCGCCUUCAUCACGCAGUACGGUCUGGGCCACGAGGGGAUCUACAGGAAGAACGGGGCCCGGUCCAGGAUCCGGGUCCUCAUGGAGGACUUCAGGAGAGACGCCCGGAAGGUGAAGCUCCGGAUCGGAGACCACUUCAUCGAGGACGUGACGGACGUCCUGAAGCGGUUCUUCAGGGAGAUCGACGACCCCGUCUUCAUGUCCCACCUGCACCCGGUCUGGCAGGAGGCCGCCAAAAUCCCCCUGAGACGUCUCAGGCUGGACCGCUACAAGGAAAUCAUCCGGAGUCUUCCCCGCGUCAACAAGACGACGCUGGCGGCUCUGAUUGGUCACCUGUACAGGGUCCAGAAGUGCGCUAGCCUCAACCAGAUGUGCACCAAGAACCUGUCGCUGCUUUUCGCGCCGAGUUUGUUCCAGACGGACGGGAAGGGAGAACACGAGGUGAAGAUCGUGGAGGAUUUGGUGGAUAAUUACCUGUCCGUCUUUGACAUUGAUGAGGAUCAUCAGACUCAGAUUGAACUGGAGAUCAGUCUCAUCACCACCUGGAAGGACACGCAGCUGUCUCAGGCCGGUGAUCUGAUCAUCGAGGUUUACCUGGAGAAGAAAAUCCCCGACUGCUGCAUCACGCUGAAGGUGUCCCCCACCAUGUCCGCCGAGGAGCUGACCAAUCAGGUGCUCUACAUGAGGAACGUUCCCGCCGGAGACAAAGACGUCUGGAUGACGUUUGAGGCCGUGGAGGACGGACAGCUGGAGCGUCCUCUGCACCCGAAGGAGAAGGUUCUGGAACAGGCGCUGCAGUGGUGCAAGAUGGCCGACCCGAGCUCCGCCCACCUGCUGGUGAAGAGGAUUCCUCAGGGGCGGGGCCUCCCCAUCCUCACCUCCUACAGGUCCGACAUCAUGAAGGUCGGGCUGCUCCGGGUCCGAGAGGAACCUCCUAAACUCCUGCAGGGAACCCGGUUCCAGGAGAGAACCUUCCAGAUCCAGAACCACCGACUCCUGCUGCUGAAGGACAAGAAGAGCCUGAAACCAGAGAAGGACUGGAACCUGAAGUCCAUGAAGGUUUACCUGGGAAUCCGCAGGAAGAUGAAAGCUCCCAGCAGGUGGGGCUUCACCGUGAUGUCAGAGAAACACCAGCUGUUCCUCUGCUGCAGCAGUGAAGAAGAACUCUGGGACUGGAUCACCGGGAUCAUGAAGGCCCAGAACCAGGACCCGGGUCCCCCGGUUCUUCGCCGUCACUCGUCCUCAGAUAUCUCCAAGCAGAAGUUCGGGACGAUGCCGCUGGUUCCGAUCCGGGGAGACCAGAGCAACCGCAGCCUGCUGUCGGCCAAUCAGACGCUGAGGAAACUCCACGACCGCCGGACGCUGUCCAUGUACUUUCCCAUGAAGGUCCAGCAGGACUCGUUUGAGGAGCGGACAGGACCGGGACCAGAACCGGAGCCGCUCUACGAGGAGGUCGGGGACUUCGGUCUCCAGGUCCUCAAGUCCUCCCAGACCAGCUUCAGGUCCAGCGGCGCCGCAGAGACCCGGGAGGUCCGGGACCAGCCGGUGAGGCUGGUUCCCCUGGAGGACGACCCGGAGGAACCAGGGGGCGGGGCCAGAGGAGCCGGGGGCGGGGCCAAGGCCGCGGGGAGGCGGAGCCUGAUGAUCUGCUCGCCGUCGCAGGAAUUACUGCUGCAGGGAACUUUCCUCCGCCUUCGGAGGGAGCUGUGAGGAGGAGGAGGGGCUA